AUGGAACGAGCUUUAGAACAAGCUUUGGAGGGUGUGGAGUGUGCCACUGGCAGUGCCCCACAGACACCUCCUCAAACGGAACAGUCUUCUCCUGAGGAAAAAUCUCUUCAUGAGAAACUUUACGACAUUUACGUUGAGCGAGGUGGACAAGAGCCUGGGGUUACAGAGGAAUUAAGAGACAUUGUGAAUUUGUUGGAGAAGCUGGUUAGGAAAGAGUUGCUGGCGUGUUUACUAGUCAGCAUAUACCCAGGAAAGGGGGGAUAUUCUGUGAUACUCAAGGGGGAAAAGGGCUCGUCAUAUUUGGAGACCAUUAACCUGCCUUAUGAUGUAGGGGAAUUACUCGAUUAUUUACGUGGAGAAGAAUUGCCUCCCAUUUUGGAAGAUAUUCUGGAAUAUUCUCACGUUAACAUUUUUUACUGGGGCUGUGUGGUAACAGAAAUACAGGACUACAGAUUUCCCAGUUUCCUGAAGCUUACUCGUUACCAAAGCAGGUAUGUUCUCUUACACUCAAUGAUGAAGACUUCAGCCUGUGACCAACAGUCCAAAACCAGUGAGAACCAGAAAUGGACCCAGCAAGACAAACUUGUACGUGAGAGCCAACUGCUUUUAACUAUCGCUGAACCACCGUGCCUAGGCCCUCCUAUAUCAGGAGCAGAGGUGAAAAGGGGCAUCAAGAGGUGUUGUAGCCCCUUUCUGAAUGGGCAGGAGGAGCUGUCUCUUUUUCCAUCAUUUCCUGAGCUAAGCCCAUUACCUUUGUGCCACAAAACCAAUGAAAGUGAAGCAGGUGAGCACAAUGACCUGAUUUCUAAUACAGGAAAUUGUGUAGAUAUGUGGCAGCAGAAACCCUGUGACUUGAAUGUAACUUCUGAAGCGGAUGUUGAGAAAUAUGCUGAAGAAUUGGAGAAGUUUUUAGAAAAUGAUGACCCACACCUAGCAACCUGGCCAAUCUUUGACAAGGACUUUUAUUCUGCAUUUGACUGGGAAUCUGGCGAUCUCCCCGAGACAACAGAGCUGGACUCGGUUAAGCCACUUGAUGAUCCAGUUAGCCUUGGAAAAGAAAGUUCAGGUAAAGAAGUCAGAGGUGAGACACAGCUGGCUUUCCUCCACAACUUCAAGAAUGAGGACUCAGUGUUCAGUGGGUCCAAGGAAUUGGUCCAGAAGAACCUUGGCAGGUGUCCAUGCCAGAUGUGCCACAGCUCCAGUGGCUCAGCCAGCCUCAGCCAACCUUCCCCAGGGAGAGACAUAGAACAGCCUGAGACCGUGGUGGCUCAGGCUUCAGUCCUGGGGGAGGAAGUCACACAGCCACCUCCAGGCAUCACACUUUCCUCCAGCUCCAGCCAGAGCUCCUCGCAUAACAGUCUUCUUCCACAGCAGGCCAGCAGCUCUCUUCAGUCUCCUGCUCCUGCUCCUGCUCGUGCCCAGGAAAGCUCUGUGGAAGUGAAUCAAGGUAACUACCUUCUUGCCACCACCCUGCCCAGCGCCAGCUCAUCACAGAGUGUCCCCGCCACCCAGGCCAUCGCCAACUGUGUCAGUCGGAACAUCAUCAGAGAAGGUGACCAUGUUGGUGGAGACCAGGCUGUGCUGAGUGGUCCCAGAUCCACGCAGGGCUCCAGCUGUCCGACCUGGGCUCCUGCAGAAGUCAAGCCCGACAUCCCACCCUCAGAAGCUUGUCCACAAAAUGCAGCACCCGCUGCACCGCAGCCUCCUUAUCAGGUAUCUGCUCAGUACCUCUUAAAUGAUCCAGGUCUCAAGCAGGUAACUCUGUUGAGGCCAUGUAGUAUGCCUCUGAACACCCAGCAGCAGCCAGGACAGCAGCAGCAGCUCAAUCAGCUGAUUCCACAGCAGCAGUUGCAGCAACCCAGAGCUCCUGCUGCCCAGCAGCCAGUGCCACCGAGUUCCAACGCUCCCGGUCCCCAGCCGCCAGCCCCACCGAGUGCCAGCGCACAACCCUCAACCACUCAGGCCACGGCCUCCACCACUCUGCUGACUACAGUCAUGGAUCCCCAUGGAAGGGGAGGCUCUCUGCAACCCCAGGGGAUGCUGCUGCUCCCGGUUGACCCCCACCAGGGGCCCCAGCAGCAGCACCCCCAACCGCAGGGGCUGUGGAGAAUUUUGCCGCAAUCUAAGUCUGGGACCACAGUAGGAACCGAGACAUCUUGGCCACCGCAGGGCCAGGAGGAAGACAGCCAGCCCAAAGGUAAUACGACGGGAGACCCGCCAGCCCCUUCCAAAUACUGA